AUGAGGUGUUGGGUCGUCGGCGGAGGUUGUAGCGAGGUGUCGGUGGCGGUGGUGUGUGUGUCGGCGGAGUCCCUGGUUGAGUUGGUGAUGCAAUCAGACUGCUGUGUUGGUCGCUGCGUCGGUGGUGGGUCUUGUGUUCCACCACCGACGCAGCGCGGCAGCGACUCCGACAUCAUACCGCCAGGACUCCAACUCAAAUCUUCCGUCGACACCCCGAAAGCCAAACGCAUCCUGCACCAAGCCAGCUUAGACCUCACUCGCGAACGCAUCGCACGCACCCGACACCAACUCCACGAUCUAAACUCAAGCAUCACUUCUACUCAAACUCAACUUAGCCGACGACUCAAACCAGACGAUCUAGAUAAAGUUCAGGCAUUCAACGACUACACAUCUCGCAAAACCUUCCAGUCCACCAAGCUCAAGCAAAUCAACAAGUUCGACCGACUCUACUCCCGCAAGCCUACGCAAGCCAACCAACAACCUUCGACCGAAGCAACCAAGGAUACCGUAAUCAACCUUAGCCGACACCAACUUACCCAAGCCGAACACAAAGUACUCUCCCUCGGACUCAACUUCGCCGUAGCUCCUAAGAAGAUCCCUUUCUCCGACAUCGUACAGCAAGUCGAACCCAAGCUCCGCUUUCUCUCCAAAGAGGCCGCCAACGCAAUUAGACUCAAGGUAACCAAUGCCCUCUCCGACGCCAAGCCACCUAAACAGAACCUAUCCAAAGACGAACGCUCUGCUAUCCAGGACCUCCGACGUAACCAAGCCAUUCACAUCCUUCAGGCUGACAAGGGCAACGCCACCGUUAUCAUGGACCAAGACUACGUUUCUCUCAACAGAGACCCAACUCAGGCCAACGAAAGGAAAAUCAACCAACAACUGCUGACCCUACACCGAUCCGAUGCACUACCCAAGGCACUCUACUUCCAACUCAGAUCGUCUUCAGCCAAGUCACCUAUCUUAUUCGGACAACCCAAGAUACACAAGCCUAACACUCCUCUCCGCCCUAUCAUCUCCACUCGUGGGUCACCCUGCUACAACACAGCACGCCAUCUGGCCAACAUCCUCCAACCACUCGUAGGCCAGACCCAGCUAUAUGUCACCAACUCCAAGCACUUCAUAGACGUCAUCUCCAAAACCAAGAUCCGGCCCUCCGACACACUCGUCAGCUUUGAUGUCGUCUCCCUCUUCACCAGCGUACCUGUAGAUCAAGCAUGUGACAUCAUCAAGCAACGCCUGAUCACCGACUCAGACCUAGCAUCCAGAACCAAUCUCACACCAGACCAGAUCCACGACCUCCUCCUCACCUGUCUCAACUCCAACUCCUUCAAAUGGCGCAACAACUACUACAAACAACUACAAGGAGCAGCCAUGGGGUCACCUCUCUCACCAAUCAUCGCUAACAUCUUCAUGGAACACUUUGAGCACCAAGCACUCAAGACUGCGGACAAACCUCCUUCACUCUGGCUCCGCUACGUCGACGACACCUUUGUCAUCUGGCCGCACAGCACACCCGACCUUCACCAGUUUCUCAACCACCUCAACAACCAGCACCCCAGCAUCAAGUUCACCAUGGAGACCCAACGCGACAACUCAAUUCCAUUUCUAGACGUUCUCAUCACUAAGACACCGUCUGGAUUCCCAUCUCACCAGGUGUACCGGAAACCUACCCACACAGACCGCUACCUCAACUUCCGCUCACACCACCACCCGUCCAUCCACCAAUCAGUCGCCAACACUCUCAUCAGACGAGCCCACCAACUCAGCGACAAGGCACACUUACAUCAAGAACUCAAGCACGUGACCAAUGCACUCACCACCAUCAACCACUACCCCAGAAGAAGGAUCAAGACUCAACCACCCAACCAUCAACCCAGCACCGACAGCACCGAAAACCCAUCCGAAACCAAGCCCGUCGCCACCAUAGUACUACCCUACAUCGGCAAGACUUCACACCGACUACAACGCAUCCUUCACUCUGCCAACAUCCUCGUCAGACACCAAUCCUCUCGAAAACUACACUCCAUCCUUCACUCUCAUAAGGACAAGCACCCAUCCAACAAACAACCAGGCGUCUACAAGAUCCCCUGCGACUGCGGUAAAGUCUACAUUGGGGAAACCGGCCGAGACUUCGACACCAGACUCAAGGAACACAAGACCCACCACCGACGCAGCGACUGGGACCGAUCCGCCAUCGUCAAGCACGCACAACAAGAGAAUCACCGCAUAGAAUGGGAAAGGAGCCACCUAAUCACCAACAUCCGGCACUGGAAUACCAGAAGGGUCAGGGAAGCCAUUGAGAUACAUCAACACAACACUGUGCCUCAAGACCCUGGCCUCCACAUCAACAGCAUCUGGCACCCAAUCCUACGUCACCAUCAAACUUCUAACCAAUCCACAAACAACCAGCCGUCCACCGUCACUCCACCAAGCCCUCCUACCCAGCCGAAAUAG